AUGUCCCCAACCCUGCUCAAGAGUGACCUGGGUCGCCUCUGCACCUACUUGGAGGAACUGGAGGCCACGGAGCUGAAGAAGUUCAAGUUAUACCUGGGGACUGCGACAGAAAUGGGGGAGGGCAAGAUCCCCUGGGGGCGGAUGGAACCGGCGGGUCCCCUGGAAAUGGCUCAGCUGCUGGCGGCUCAUUUCGGGCCGCGGGAGGCCUGGCUGCUAACCCUCGGCAUCUUUCAGCGGAUCAACAGGAAGGACCUGUGGGAGAGAGGCCAGAGAGAGGACCUAGGGAGGGACGCUCCACCUGGUACCCCACCCUCACUGGGCAGCGAGUCAGCAUGUUCUCUGGAAGUCUUGCCUGCCGCUCCAAGAAAAGAUCCCCAGGAAACCUACCGGGACUUCGUCCGCAGGAAAUUCCGGCUCAUGGAAGAUCGCAACGCGCGCCUGGGGGAGUGCGUCAACCUCAGCCACCGGUACACGCGGCUCCUCCUGGCGAAGGAACACUCCAGCCCCAGGGGGGCCCAGCAGAAGCUCUUAGACACAGGCCGGGGACAUGCGGGGACCGCCGGCCAGCCGGCCAGCCUCAUCCAGAUCGAGGCCCUCUUCGAGCCAGAUGAAGAGCGCCCGGAACCCCCGCGCACCGUGGUCCUGCAGGGCGCGGCGGGCAUGGGCAAAUCCAUGCUGGCCCACAAAGUGAUGCUCGACUGGGCCGACGGGAAGCUCUUCCAAGACAGAUUCGACUACGUCUGCUACAUCAACUGCCGGGAGUUGAACCUGGGCACCGCAGAGCGCAGCGCGCGAGACCUCCUGGCCGGCUGCUGGCCCGAGCCCUGCGCGCCUCUCCAUGAGCUCGUCCGUGUGCCUGAGCGUCUCCUCGUCAUCAUGGACGGCUUUGACGAGCUCAGACCCUCCUUCCAUGACCCGCAGGGCGCCUGGUGCCUCUGCUGGGAGAAGAAAGUGCCCGCAGAGGUCCUCCUGGGCAGCCUGAUUCGUAAGAAGCUCCUGCCAGAGCUGUCUCUGCUCAUCACCACACGGCCCACCGCUCUGGCCAAGCUCCAGCGUUCGCUCGAGCAUCCCAGGCAUGUGGCGAUCCUGGGUUUCUCCGAGGCCGAGCGCAAGGAGUACUUCCACAGGUAUUUCCACGACGGGGAGCAGGCCGGACAGGUCUUCAGCUUCGUGAGAGAGGACGAGCCCCUCUUCACUCUAUGCUUUGUCCCCAUGGUGUGCUGGGUGGUCUGCACCUGCCUCAAGCAGCAGCUGGAGGGCGGGGGGCUCUUAAGACAGAGGUCGAGGACCACCACGGCCGUGUACCUGCUCUACCUCCUGAGUCUGAUGCAACCCAAGCCGGGGACCCCCACCCUGCCGUCCCCGCCCAACCGGAGGGGGCUGUGUGCCCUGGCGGCCCACGGCCUCUGGGAACAGAAGAUCCUCUUUGCGGAGCGCGACCUCCGGGAGCACGGCCUGGACGCGGCCGACGUCUCUUCCUUCCUCAACAUGAACAUCUUCCAGAAGGACAUCAACUGCGAGACGCUCUACAGUUUCAUCCACCAGAGUUUCCAGGAGUUCUUCGCGGCCAUGCACUACGUCUUGGAUGAUGGAACGAGCGGGUCCGGCCCCAAGCGGGACCUCAGCAGGUUGCUGACGGAGUACGCCUUCUCCGAGAGGAGCUUCUUAGCCCUCACAGUCCGUUUCCUGUUUGGACUCCUGAACGAGGAGACCAGGAGCUACCUGGAGAAGACGCUGGGCUGGAAGGUCUCGCCUGGCGUCAAGACCGAGCUGCUCGAGUGGAUCCGCCGCAAGGCUCUGAGCGAGGGGUCCACCCUGAAGCGGGGCGCCCUGGAGGUCUUCAGCUGCCUGUACGAGCUCCAGGAGGAGGAAUUCAUCCAACAAGCCCUCAGCCACUUCCAGGUGGUCGUGGUCAACAACAUCACCACCAAGAUGGAACACAUGGUGUCCUCCUUUUGUGUGAAGAGCUGCAGGAAUGCCGAGGUGCUGCAGCUGUUCGCAGCUGCCUACCAAGCCGAUGGAGAGGACGGGGUGAGGUGGCCCCUGGCAACGUCCCCCGAGAGGCACGUUUUACCCGACAUCUACAGCGAACAGCUGGCUGCUGCCCUCAGCACCAACCCCAGCCUGGUGGAGCUGGCUUUGCACAGCAACGCCCUGGGAAGCCGGGGGGUGAAGCUGCUAUGUCAAGGACUCAGACACCCCAACUGCAGACUGCAGAACCUGAGGCUGAAGAGAUGCCGAGUUUCCAGCUCCGUCUGCGGGGACCUGACGACCGCGCUGAUCGCCAACAAGCACUUACUGAGGAUGGACCUCAGUGGCAAUGACCUGGGGCUGCCGGGCAUGCAGCUGCUUUGCCGGGGGCUCCGGCACCCCAAGUGCAGGCUGCAGGUGGUGCAACCCGUUGNGCUGGCCUCUGUGCUCAGCACCAGUCGCCAUCUGCUGGAGCUGGACCUGACAGGAAAUGCACUGGAAGAUGCGGGCCUGAGGCUCCUGUGUCAAGGUUUGAGGCACCCAGUCUGUAGGCUGCGGAUUUUGUGGCUCGGCAUUUGCCGGCUCAGCUCUGCGGCCUGUGAGGGUCUCUCUGUUGUGCUGGGGCUCAGCCCCCACCUUCGGGAGCUGGACCUGAGCUUUAAUGACCUGGGGGACCGCGGCAUGUCCUUGCUGUGUCAGGGGCUGCGACACCCCACCUGCAGACUCCAGAAGCUCUGGCUCGACAGCUGCAGCCUCACGGGCAAAGCGUGUGAGGACAUUUCCUCCGCCCUGGGCGUCAACCAGACCCUCACAGACCUUUAUCUGACCAACAAUGCCCUGGGGAACACAGGUGUCAGGCUGCUAUGCAAGAGGCUGAGCGACCCGGGUUGCAAGCUCCGAGUCCUCUGGUUGUUUGGCAUGGACCUGAAUAAAAUGACCCACCGAAGUUUGGCGGCACUUCGAGUGACAAAACCUUACUUAGACAUUGGCUGCUGAGUGGCUGAAGCUGCUGGUUCUUCACUUAAAGUCAGGACAGAAGAGGACCGUCCAGGACCCGUGAAUCAACGAUGAUCUCUGUCUCUUUACUUCCUCAAGACAAGACCCUCUGCAGGAUAAUCUUUGCUGCUUGGGGUCUGUGCGAUCCCUGUGCAAGAGGGUGCAAUUUUAGUUUGGAGAGUUGGUGCUACGGAGAGAAUCCAGGGCAGGGUCCCAGAUGAUUCUAGAACAGAAGCUCUCAACUGAGGGUGAUUUUUGUCAGUACCCCCAACCUCCCCUCUCCCAGGACACUCGGCAUUGUCACAGGACACUGGGCUGGGGAGAGUUGUUGGCAUCUUGUGAAG